CCGGAGAGAUCCCCAUGAGCUGAGCAGAGAGUCUUUGUGUGCAGAGGGAGGAGGCGGCGGCGGCGGCCGCUGCCUGGCCUGGAGACCCCGCCCGGGGAGCCCCCGGCAGGAACAAUGCUUGCCUGCCUGACCCGGGGGAACUUACUGGACGUCCUGCAGGAGGGCUUCAAUGAGCAGCAGCUUCAGGCGUAUGUGGCCUGGGUGAAUGCACAGCUCAAGAAGAGACCAGCAGUGAAGCCGGUGCAGGACCUGCGACAAGAUCUUCGGGAUGGGGUGAUCCUGGCGUAUCUCAUCGAGAUUGUUGCAGGAGAAAAACUGAAUGGGGUACAGCUGAGUCCCAGUAACCAACAGGAGAUGAAGAAUAAUGUGGAGAAAGUGCUACAGUUUGUGGCCUCCAAAAAGAUUCGUAUGCACCAGACUUCAGCUAAAGAUAUUGUGGAAGGAAACCUGAAGUCUAUCAUGAGGCUGGUCCUUGCCUUGGCAGCUCAUUUCAAACCUGGCUCCAACAGGAUGGUGAGCCAAGGAAGGGACCCCAGAGCCCCUCUGCAGAGUCACCAGCCACACUGCGCCACUGCUGUGGCCCAGGGAGCCGCUGUCGCUCUGGCUGAUGUGUGUCAUGACAUGUCACGGUCAGGACGGGAUGUCUUUCGAUACAGACGGAGGAACAGCGGCAUGGACCAGGAGAUUGAGAAUCCCUGCUGGAGCGUGCGGGCCCUGGUGCAGCAGUACGAAGGGCAGCAGAGGUCCCCGUCCGAGUCCAGCGGCCCCAGCCUGACUUCACCCAGUCCUAUCCACAGUGCAAAGAGCGAAUCCAUUAUAACCCAGUCGGAGGAGAAGGCAGAUUUUGUGAUUAUUCCCUCUGAAGGAAUAGAGAACAGAACAGAGGAGACAGAUUCUCCAUUUUCCCGAGACUGGCGACCAGGCAGCCCCGGGACCUAUCUGGAGACCUCAUGGGAAGAACAGCUGUUGGAACAACAAGAACAUUUGGAAAAAGAAAUGGAGGAAGCAAAGAAAAUGAUAUCAGGAUUACAGGCCUUACUGCUCAAUGGAUCCUUACCUGAAGAUGAACAGGAGAGGCCCUUGGCCCUCUGUGAACCAGGAGUCAAUCCUGAGGAACAACUGAUUAUAAUCCAAAGUCGUCUGGAUCAGAGCAGGGAGGAGAAUCAGGACCUAAAGAAGGAGCUGCUGAAAUGUAAACAAGAAGCCAGAAACUUACAGGGGAUAAAGGAUGCCUUGCAGCAAAGGUUGACUCAACAGGACACAUCUGUUCUUCAGCUCAAACAAGAACUGCUGAGGGCAAAUAUGGACAAAGAUGAGCUGCACAACCAGAAUGUGGACCUGCAGAGGAAGCUAGAUGAGCGGAACCGGCUCUUGGGAGAAUAUCAAAAAGAGCUGGGGCAGAAGGAGCGCCUCCUCCAGCAGCACCAGGCCAAGCUGGAAGAAGCCCUCCGGAAGCUUUCUGAGGCCAGUUACCAGCAGGUGGAUCUAGAGCGGGAGCUGGAACAGAAAGACGUCCUUUUGGCUCACUGUAUGAAAAGAGAGGCAGAUGAGGUGACCAACUGCAACAGUCACAGCUCUCAAAGCAAUGGUUUUCUCCUUCCAGUGGCAGGCAAAGGAGCCGCUUCAAUCACUCACAAAGGGACCAGCGACCUGCAGCUCGUUCGUGAUGCGCUCCGCAGCCUGCGCAAUAGCUUCAGCGGCCACGACCCUCAGCACCACACCAUCGACAGCCUGGAGCAGGGCAUCUCCAGCCUGAUGGAGCGUUUGCACGCCAUGGAGACCCAGAAGAAACAGGACAGAAGGGUUCGGGGCAAGUCACCCAGAACUCAAGCAGGUAGUGAAUACCGGGAGUCCUGGCCCCCUAAUUCAAAGUUGCCUCACUCACAGAGCUCUCCAGCUGUCAGCAGCACCUGCACUAAAGUGCUCUAUUUCACUGACCGGUCACUUACACCCUUCAUGGUCAAUAUACCAAAGAGGUUGGGGGAGGUGACACUAAAGGAUUUUAAAGCAGCUAUUGACCGGGAGGGAAAUCACCGGUAUCACUUCAAAGCGCUGGAUCCUGAGUUUGGCACUGUCAAAGAGGAGGUUUUCCACGAUGAUGAUGCCAUCCCUGGGUGGGAAGGGAAAAUUGUAGCCUGGGUGGAGGAAGACCAUGGAGAGAAUUAAUGCUGAGUAUUGGAUUGGGGGCUUAUGGAACCUGGCACCCCCUGGCUGUUUCACUCAGGAAAGAGGACUAAAACCAGAAUACACAAAGAAGUUUCUAAUCUGUGCUGCCAAAACAGAAGCUUCUCCAAGUGUGACAGCCCCUGGCCACUACUGUUUCUGUGCCUGGCAUAUGUGGUACUUAAAAUCCCCCCAUCCACCUGUAGACCAUGGGUUCAUCUGGAGUUCCUUGUCCGUGGGAACACAGUGUUUUAUUCUACUCUGAGGACAACAAACCGAAGGCCUUAACCAAUGGGAACGGAUGAUCCCGCUCCUGUCGGGGCAUGGCUGCUAUUAUCUGGAACCUGGGAAUUGGAUGCAUCACUCCUAUGUGUUACAGUAUUAUUUUAAUUGGCCUCAAUGGUUGCAGCGAUCAGAGUUCCAGCAUUUGUACUCACAGACAAGGCAAAGGUACCAGCUUUUUUGCUUCUUUGCAGCUAUUGCAAACCAAGAGUAACUCAUGAAGUGGUACCAAAGAUGAAUGCCCACUCUUCAGGAAUUUUUUGGACCGGACAUGGAUGGUGCUGAAUUGUUGAUUGGAUGGAAAAAGGGCUGCCCAUAUUGUGCUAUACUUUGCUAAAACCAUGAUGAAGUAAGACCUCGGGUUGCCUCUUGUGUCUUAACUGGUUCUGCAGUUUGUCCUUUAGCCCACAGAGGGCACAUUUCAUGUACUGCUAGUUUUCUCUGGGGACUCUUCCACUGUAGAGCCAUUUUUUCCCCCUUCCAACUGACGAACUUUGUGUUUGAAAGGAAUAAGGAGUUAAAGUCUCCUUAAAAAUCUAGGCGGGUAUGGAAAGGUGCUGCUACCCAUAUUUUCUUGACUUUCUUUCUCUCAUGACUUCCUUUAGCUCAUGGUAUCUCCUUUGCAGUCAAAAGGAGACAGACCAUUAAUUUCAGUAUUUGUGAUUUAUGAGUACUGAGCAUGAGUUACUGGUCUGCCCCUCUUCAUUUCAAGUUAUUUUCUAUUAUAUAUUUAGUCUAGGUUGAUCCUUGAGGGCACAGUAGGAACCAUGGGGCAUGAAGCAUGAGUUGUGAAUGGCA